GGGGCGGGCACAGAUGAGUGACAGCCGGGGAUCCGGCAGGAGGAAUGCGAUGGGCUCCGGUGCUCUGUCCGCCGGGCCCCCUCCCCCCUCCACCCCCCAUAAGAAGAUGAAGAAGAGGAAGGAGCUCAACGCGCUGAUCGGUCUGUCCGGGGACGGCAAGAAGAAGGGGGGAGGGGGACACCACCCGCUACUGCGCGCUCCCGACUCCGAGAGCGACACCGACACCGAGGACUACGGGAGCGUCACCGAGAGGCCGGGCCGCUGCGGGAGCAGGGGCGGAGUUCUGCAAUGCUGUAAGGUUUGCUCCCCGGUGUGUGCGUUUAUCUUCCUCGCCGCCUGCGUCAUGGCGUCCAUCGGCCUCGUCUGGAUGCAGAUCGCCCUGAAAGAGAACCUGGACCUGCUGAGAGAGCAAAUGAGAGCCGUGGAGUCCAAUCAGCGGAGUUGUGUUCAGGAGAUCCCGAAGAUGAAGGAAGAUCUGAUCGGGAAGCAGAAGCAGUUGGAUGACGUGGUGGGCGGGGAGCUCGGCCUCCAUAAACUCUGGGCCAACAUCACCGACAUGAACAAGCAGAUCUCUCAGCUCAGCAGUGCGGUCAGCCAGCUGAAGGCCAAUCUGAAGUCGGCCUCCGACCUCAUCAACCUACCUAAGAAGAUGGAGGAGCUGCAGAAGAGUGUUGCCACCCUGGGGAGUACACUGACCAGCGUCCACCAUGAUGUGGAGACUCUACAGACAACCUCGGAGGAGCAGAAGAAGCUGGUGGAGGCUCUGCAGAAAGACGUGGCCGGUGUGACCUCAGCGCUGUCCCCAUCCCCCUCUCCAGCUCCUGGGACACACAGCACUGUACAGGUGGAGAACUCCCUGGAGGAACUGAACUCCACCAUCCUCUACCAUCAGCAGCUGACCGACCUCCAUUUUCUCAGCGUUGACUCCGCCGUCUCCAACAUAAGCCAAAGAGUCUCCAGCCUGGAGUCCAACCUUCUACUCCUCAACCAGAGCGAGAGGAGGGAGAACGUCUCCGGAUCAAACUCCGCAGAUGGUAACCAGCCGCUCAAUUCAACAAAAGCUGAUUCAUCCCAGAAUCCUAAAGAAGUCGCCGAGAUCCAGGAGCAGCUGCAACUCAUUCACGCCUUGACGACGAAACCAGACGGCGAUAAAGCGACCUCCACUAGAAAUACUGAUGGAAAAGAUCCAAUAAUAACCCAAAGUUCUCCUCCGAAAAAGUAUCCGAGAUCUCCGAAGAGGAAACGAAGGUCUCGACUGUCCUCCGCAACAAUAGGGAGGGACGAUCUGGAGGAAGCGUUCCGGAAGUCUUCUCAGGGCGUCGGUGGAAAACUGACAUUUCAGGAUUUGAAGGAGGAGUUUGGCGUUCGUCUGCCGGGUCUCCAUUCGCUGGAGGAAUACGAUGAAGACGGAGACGGUCUUUUCUCUCUCACAGAACUGCGUCCGCUGGUUCGCGUAUAGCGCAUUAAAUUUUGUGACUUGCGUCGUCCUCUCUGCUGCAGAUUCUUCCCGGCUUCCCCCCACUAGUGGGGAUCAUUCACUAGAGACCUGACAGAGCAGCCUCUGGAGCCCCGACAUCCAGCGACGACUCCCCCCCUCCUCCUUUGUGUCAGAGACUAAAGUUUUGUUGUUUUGUAGUUUUUACAUGAGCUUGCCUUAAGUUUGAGGAUUGCACUUUAUGUUGUGUGUAGCACCCCUCCCCCCCCAUCCCAGCCACCAUGAACCCCUCCAGGAAAGAAGAGAAUGGUGCCACCAAUGAAGACGACAACAACUUUCUGGAGCCUCUCAGGGUCUGUCAUGGUGGAUUUCUGAGUGCAGGACCAACGCUUCUUACCUGGAAGGAAAAGGGUUCAAUGAAGGACUGAGCGGUUCGUUUAUUUUUAAUUUGCAGCAGCCGGGAAGUGUGAAGAGCGGACUGCGAAGAGCGCCAAGUGUGAAGAGCGGACUGCGAAGAGCGCCAAGUGUGAAGAGCGGACUGCGAAGAGCGCCAAGUGUGAAGAGCGGAC